GAUGGAGGAUACCAUCGCUCGCAUGCAGGACGAGAAGAGCGGGAUUCCCAUCCGCACCGUCAAGAGCUUCCUCUCCAAGAUCCCCAGUGUGUUCUCAGGGUCUGAUAUUGUCCAGUGGAUGCAGAAAAACCUGAACAUUGAAGACCAAGUGGAGGCUCUUCAUCUGGGGACGCUGAUGGCGGCUCACGGUUAUUUCUUCCCCAUAUCAGACCACGUUCUCAUGCUGAAGGACGACGGAACCUUCUACCGCUUUCAGACUCCGUACUUCUGGCCGUCAAACUGCUGGGAACCAGAAAAUACUGACUAUGCGGUUUACCUCUGUAAACGAACCAUGCAGAAUAAAGCUCGUCUGGAGUUGGCUGAUUAUGAAGCUGAGAGUUUGGCGAGACUACAGAGAGCUUUUGCACGGAAAUGGGAGUUUAUAUUUAUGCAAGCAGAAGCACAAGCGAAAGUGGACAAAAAACGGGACAAGAUCGAGCGGAAGAUCCUGGACAGUCAGGAGCGGGCCUUCUGGGAUGUUCACAGACCUGUGCCUGGCUGUGUGAACACGACUGAAGCCGACAUAAAGAAAUCCUCCCGGAUGAAGCAGCCACACAAAACACGGAAGUCGGUGUACGGUCUACAGAACGACAUCCGCAGUCCCAGUCCCACUCACACGGUCACACCAGAGGUCAAAGUGCCCACGGAGGACGAGCUACGCAACCAGGAUGCCAUCCAUAGUUUGAUUAAAGUCACCUCCAACUUGUUGAGUUUCUCGGAGCAGUAUAUCGAGUACGAUCCGUUCUUCACGACGCCGGAGCCGUCGAACCCCUGGAUCUCUGAUGAUGUCACUUCCUGGGAGCUGGAGGCCAGUAAAGAGGCAGGACAGCAGCGGGUGAAGCGCUGGGGAUUCGGCUUCGACGAGGUUCUGAAGGAUCCGGUCGGGAGAGAGCAGUUCCUCAAGUUCCUGGAGUCCGAGUUCAGCUCCGAGAACCUGAGAUUGACAGUGUUUGUGCUUCAUCAGGAGCACAUCUACAAGCUCAUGAAGAGUGACUCCUACAGCCGCUUCAUCAGAUCCAGCGCCUACCAGGAGAUGCUGCAGGCCAAGAAGAAGGUAAAGCCUCAGAAACGACUGGAAACGUCCCUCUGAGCGCCGUCCUCGUCACACACAGAGAUCAGACUCAGUGCCAUAUCACCGUGUCCUCUUUGUUUUACUUGCUGUCUGCUUUUGCAUUAUUUCUAUUAAAACACCUGGUUUCCCGUCACGUUGUUUCUGGCGAGUCUCUUUUGUUUUGCACGUGUUUCUCUUUGUUUCUGUUGUGUGUGUGUUUUGUUUUGAAGCGAUGAGACGAAGUGCUGGCGCUGGGUUUUCUGUGAUGUGAAAAGCAAGAAUCUUUUCUAGGGUCUGAAUCACAGAUGCCGUCAGCGCUUGUUAAACCACGCAAACAUCACGUCACUCGUCUGUGCAUGAAUGCUGAUCAUUAUAGAGAGCAGAUCCAUCUCUGCAUGAGCCACACACUUCUGAAGGACUUCAGCUCACAAAGCCAUCGAAGAUCCUCCUGAAAGCGCUCGACAUCGCUCUAGGUUCAUUUGCACUUUCUCUCCAUCUGAGCUUUUAGACUUAUUUUUAUAUCCCAGAACAAUGUUUUGUUGUUUUCUGUACGCUUUGCUUCUGUAAAUGUGUACAGAUCCUGAGAGUCAGCGUGAUUUCUGAUGAUGAGAAACACUUCAGCGCUCACACUAUCUCUGCUGUUUGAUACAGACAUGUGUAGUGGACACUAAUAAUAAACAACAAUAAUAUUUGGACAUCUGUAUUUUAAACAUGACCCAGCGUCCAUACGCUAAUGUUCAUUUAAGAUGAUGGUUUGGUGGUUUUUGGAGCCCGACCGACACUGAUCUGAGAUCUGCGCCACACUGUUAUUUCAUUUGAGGUUUAUUUCUUCAGAAAACGACUGCGAUCCAAAGACGCUCAUCCGGUCUGGGUUCUUGCGUUGAUGAUAUAGAUUCUGUACAGAUACAUCAAUAAAAGGAC